AUGAUGCCACAUAUGAGCCUUCUUCUUCAAGUAGGGCUGAUACGUCCGCUACACUUUGUAUUGGCCGUUAAUGUCUUCACGGCGUGCUUAGGCCUUCACUGGUAUCGCCUCGCGGCUCUCGCUAGACCCUUGUACCGCUAUCUACAACUUCUUCCGCUCUUGCAAUGCAUAACUUACUAUACGACGAAGCCACGCCCGAACCCGCAAAAUGUGGAUUUAUUGAACGCCAUCUCGCAAUGCACGGCCACCGACAAUAGCAUCACAACCUGCUAUCCCACAAACGAGACUGUCGUCGUACAGGACUCGGCCGUACAACGGCAAGAUACACAAAGCAUAUAUCUCGUCUGGAAUCCCCGCGUUCCGCUGCUCACGCUUGCCGACGAACUCGAAGUUUCUCUCUAUCGCGACGACUCUAGCAGCGAGCAACCGGUGUACAGUUGGACCUUGAACGCCGCCAACCCCACGCGUGGGGACGCGGGCGUGUUCACUGUCCCCGUAGACGAUGUUCUAACCCGGCUCAACAACUCGUGGACGGGCACGAACAUCAUUACGCCGAUGUACUUCACUGUUGCGUCCUCAACGUCAGGAGGCGGGAAGAACGCGAUACGCCAGGCAACGUUCCAGCUCGUUCAAACCGGACCUAUACCCCUCCCCAACGUCCCCGCCGUAGCGCAUUCGUCUGCGCUCGCCUCCGAAUCGCAAAUGGCGCCGAACCCAGUCAAAGCCAUAGCCACCGGCCCCAAUCUCCCUUCACCCUCCAGCUCGACGGACGGCACAGUGGGCCAUACGCGUGCUUCUCCCGGUACGAUAGCCGGAGUAGUCGUGGGCGUUGCAGCAGCUCUAGUCAUCGUCGUUCUUGCGACGUGGCUGCUCGCCCGACGCAAUAGUUCGCAAGCUCGUUCUCGAGGGUCUAAGGUGUUUCUUAGGCUGAAGAGGGACGAGGAGACUGGGUCGGCUGGUAGCUGUGGGGAUGAGGAGGUAGCUGUACAAGGAACGCAGUGA